AUGACGUCAAUUUUAGAAGAGAAUGUUUGUUUUGAAGACGACGUGGAGAAGCUUUGUCGUAAUGGAAAAGAAGUUCUGAAGAAAAAUAGCCUGCAAGAAGUUUUAAAAGAAUAUAAGAGAGGUCAAGGAUCUAUUAGUCAUACUCUACGUAAGAAAUAUGCUGAGACCGGGGAGAGAAGAAUCCUCAACAUUUUGGGGAAAAGCACGAUUCAUCAACGUCUCCAUGUCCGCUUCACAAACAAAGGAAAGAUGAAGCCGGUUACAUCGAAGUCUGUUUUUGAACGCAUACAGAUUGAUCUCAUUGGUAUGAGAAAGGAGAGGGUUGCUGUAGAGGUCAGAGUCUUAUCAGUGUCUCAACAAACGGUACAAGUAGUGAGGGAAUCGCCCAUAAAACGCCAAGAAAUUACAGUUGCUGAUUCUACCGCUGCAAUGAAGCUCACCAUCUGGGAAGAUUUGGUAUCCAAACUAGAAGUUGACAAAAGCUACAAGAUCCUUCACUUAUCCACAAGACUCUUCCAAAAUGCAAAAUCAAUGACCUCUACAAAACAGACGACCAUUUCACAGAUUCCUGACAUCAUCAACUGUGCGCCAGCGAUAGACACUGAUGUAAUCACAAAGGAAGGCAAAAUCACCCAAGCAGGACUUGCACUUAGUUACCUGUGCGACAAUUGUAAAUCAAAAGUUGAUUUCAGUAAUCAAAAGUUAGUCAGAUGCCAGUCUUGCAAACUAAAAAUGACCAAAGAGUCAUUGCACAGGUCCAUCAGCGGAACCUUGUGUUUCUCGUCUGGAUAUGAAAAAUACAAACUCACUAUUUUUUCUUCAGUCUUGUUAACAUUAGCAACGACAAACAAUCCAGAUUCAGAUGACAAUGAGGUAGUUGAAGAAUAUUUGCUGUCAAAUUCGUUCAAAAUCUCUUUCUCACAAGACAACAAAACUGUGUUAGACAUCAAACUUUUGGUUCCAGACAUGUGA